AAACGCUAACACUCGUCACACCGCAAGGAGCCUCCAGCGCCGCGACACUCGCUCACCCGCUCACCCGCUCACACACACGCACGCACGAUGGCCAUGCGCAAGCGCCGCUCGAGCCCCGACGGCAGCGGCAGCCCCAAGAACGCGCAGACGGCGGCGCCCGAGCCCGCGGCGCCCAAGGCCGGCGGCGGGCUCACCAAGUUCAUGACGCGCGUGGUGGCGGGCUUCGCCAUGAUCGGCGGCUUCAUCGCCAUCCUGUACGGCGGCCACAUGUACGCCUGGGGGCUCGUGGUCGUGCUGCAGACGCUGCUCUUCCGCGAGCUCGUGAACGUGCGCUACCGGGCGGCGGCCGAGAAGAACAUCCCGUGGUUCCGCUCCGUGCAGUGGAUGUGGUUCGUGGUGGCGCUGUUCUACAACUACGGCGACUCGUUCGGCGCGUUCAUCGAGAGCAGGAAGAUCCGCUUCGUGCCGCCCGCCAUCGUGCACUACCUGCGCUACCACACGUGGGUCUCGUUCACCAUGUACGCCAUGCUCUUCGUCAUGUCCGUGCUCAGCCUCAAGAAAGGGUACUACAAGUACCAGAUGGGUCAAUACACGUGGACCAUUGUGACGCUGGGUCUGAUCGUCUUCCAGAUGAAAUACGUCCUCACGAACAUCUUCAACGGCCUGUUCUGGUUCUUCUUCCCGGUGUCGCUGGUCAUCUGCAACGACUGCUUUGCCUUCUUCUGCGGCAAGCUCUUUGGCCGCAAGUUCAUCAAGACGCCGUUCCUGCGGUUGUCCCCGAACAAGACGUGGGAGGGAUUCAUCGGUGCUUUCAUUUGCACCAUCAUCUACGCCUUCUUCUCCAGCGCUUUCAUCGCUCAGUUUUCUUGGAUCAUCUGUCCGGUGGAGAGCUUCGAGUUCAAGCUGAUCCCUGACCCGCUGACGUGCACUCCCAACGACGUGUUCCUCCCGCACUUCUACGAUGUUCCGGCCUUCCUGGCGCGCCUAAUCGGCCGGGGACAGAUUCAGCUUCUCCCGAUUCAGCUGCACUCCGUCUGGUUCGCAAUCUUCGCUUCGGUUGUGUCGCCGUUUGGAGGGUUCUACGCGUCGGCUAUCAAGCGCACGUACAACCUCAAGGACUUCGACUCGGUUAUCCCGGGCCACGGUGGCGUCAUGGACCGCAUGGACUGCCAACUGAUCACCAACUGCUUCACCACGGUCUACUUCAACACCUUUAUUCGUUCGCAGACGCCGUCCGUGGCGCUGAUUCUGAACCUCGUGGCCCAGCUGACAGUCGAACAGAAAAACGAGGUGCUGCGUGCCAUCCAAGAGAUGCUGCAAGGGUAA